CCUGCCCAGCCAAUCAGGACCAACUCUCGUUGCGGCUAGCGUGUCGCGAUAAUUCACGGAGUCGCUGGAUAUUCAAACGGUGGCGGUUUGACCUGAUUGGCGACUGACAAGGUACAGCAAGAGCAUAAUUUAGGUUUUCCAAAGCUUUGCAGAUGGCAGCAGAAGAGGAGAUUGAGCGGCUGAAGAGCCAGCUGAGGGAGAGGGAGGAGCAGGUCCAAAAGGCGGCGCUGGAGGGUUUGGGUCUCCUCAGCCUGCAGGUGGAACUGCAGAACCGACUAGAGGAGCAGAGAGUGGAGAUGACCAACGCGCUGGAGGCCCUGGAGCAAGACAAGUACUCCCUUCAAAGGGAAGUGGAGUUAAAGAGCCGGAUGCUGGAGUCGCUGCAGUCGGACCAUGACUGUGUGAAGAAGCAGCAGAGACAGCAGCUGGAGGACCAACGGGUCCAUCUGGAGAGGAGCCACAGCGCAGCGCUCAGUGAGCUCAACAACAAGGUGAUGAGCUUGCAGGCAGCUCUGGAGGAAUCCCAGCUGAACAACAAUCAGCUGCAACACAAACUGGAGCUGCAGACUGAGACUCUGAACAACAAGCUAGAGGAGCUGCGAGCACUGAACGAACGCACCCAGAGCUCCAUGACGUCUGAGGUGAUGGAGGUCCAGAUGAAGAUCAUGGAUCUGGAGAACAUUAAGGUGGAGCUGGAGCAGACGCUGCAGGAGGGUCGGUACAGAGAGCAGCAGCUGGAGCUGAGCAGCAGCAGCCUGCAGCGCCGCCUGCAGCAAAUCACAGAGGAGAAAGAGGAGCGAGAGAAAGAGGCUGUCUCCUGCUUUAUUGCGUUGGAGAAAUCUCGUGAGGCGAACCGGGACCUCCAAAUCCAGUUGGACCAGGUUCUACAGCAGGCCCAGGAUCCCACCAGUAAAGGGAACUCUCUGUUUGCUGAGUUGGAGGAUAAGCGUGCUGAGAUGGAGAGAAAGCUCAUCAGCAUGAAGGUCCAGUAUGUGUCCCUGCAGAAACAGCACGCCUUCAGCAAGCAACAGCUGCAGCGCAUGAAGGUCCAGAUAGCCACUCUGAUGCAGCUGCAGGGCUCCAGGGCUGACCCUGCUCAGCUGGAGAGGCUCCAGUCCAUGCUGUUGGAGAAAAACGGAGACAUCCAAAAUCUGAUGACUAAACUGCAGAGGCUUGAGAAGGUGGAGAGGAUGCUGAAGGCUCAGCCAGAUAACCCUGCUCCAGCACAAAGCGCUGACAGCCAAGAUGAAACCUACUACACUGACCUGCUGAAGAUGAAGCUCAACAACACUGUUAAGGAUGCAGAGCGUCUGGGAGACGAGCUUUCCCUUCAGAGGAUGAAGUCUUUGUCGGAGAGUCAGAGAGCUUUAGAGCUGGAGAGGAAGCUCUUCUCCUCUGAGCGGCUGCUCAAACAGACUCAGAGUGACAAGAUCAAACUGCAGCUGCGGAUAGAGGAACUGCAGCACAAGUACGAACCCAAAGAGGCCAAAAAACAUGUGCACAUAAGAAGGAAAGAGAAGCUUCCUGUUGAUGUGGGACCCUCUUCUGAAGAAGCCCCACCUGACAAGGGAGGGCACGUUGUUGCCGUGGAGAUGAUAGCAGACCCUGAGGCGGAUCCUGUGCGCUCCGCACGAGAGCCCGAGCCGCGGCCGGCCAAGUGUGUGAAGAUCAGCAGAGAAGAGGCUGUUGUGAUCCCCCCGCACAGCGAGGAGAACCUGGAGCAGAACCAGCAGCAGAACCUGGACGAGAACCAGCAGCAGAACCUGGACGAGAACCAGCAGCAGAACCAGAGGGAGGAGCGAAGAAAGAAGCCACGUGGAACAGUGGAGGUGAUCCAUGUGAGCUCCCACAGCAGCAUGGAGAACCAGUGUGCUCAGCAGUAGCACUGCUCUGUGUGGGGGGGCAGGGAGGUUGUGUGGCACAACGGGGCCCUGAACGACUGGGAGAACAUUAUUUUCUUAGUUUAAUUUCAAUGACUAACUUUAAAUUUAAGUACACAAUAGAGACCAUGUUGUCUUUUAUUAAGAACACCAAAAAUAAAAUGAAUAAAU